UAUAACAUACCCAUCUCCGAUCAUGUGACGGUUAAGCGAACUACCAGCCCUCUGGAGAGAGAGUGAUCGUGUGCGUGUGUGUGUGUGUAAACGUGUGUGUGUGUGUCUGUGUGAGAGAGAAAAUGUGGAGGCGUACAGCAAUGCAAAGACCGUGAUGUGGAGUUACAUUGCCAUUACGCACUAUUACGCAGUGACAGCUACUUUCAAGACAAGAGCGCACGUCGCAGUGGAGCGGAGUUUUGGAUUCCUCGCAUGUACAAGAAGAAGACAGUGUUUCGUCAACAUUUAGCCAAUCUCCAGCAGAACAGAUUGAUCUUCAGACCAGCUGCCAUUCAUCCGCACAGGGAUGGUGGAUCACUUGCCGCUUGGUGAGGAGACCUUCCUGUGUUACACCGGCUCCCCGGGGUCUGACUACAACUGCCUCGGUCGCCACGCCAGUGGUGGCGCGUUGCCGGGCAUCAUGGUAACUGACGCGUGCAUCUACGACCACCACCACCCCUACCAAGGGGUGACCCUCUCCUCCUCCCCUCUCCUCUCGGAGGAUGACCUCAGCGACUCCUCCAGCCCGCGUUCCUCCCUCUGCUCCAGCCCUGAGUCCUCGUCGCCCACGUUGUGCCAUGUCCUCAGCUCCAGCUGUGAAAGCAGGAGCAGCAGGAGCAGUGGGAGCUGUAGCUCCUCAGGCGGAGAGAGUCAAGACAGCCUUCUGGACCUCCUCCUCUCACAUACUUCCCUCACCACCUCAAUAAGCUCUAAUGCCAGCAGCAGCUCUCACUCUUCCUCUCUAUGUCUAGCCUCCCCACCCUCAUCUGACCCUCACUUACCCAUGGGCCUGGCCUGGGAGUCCAAGAGGGAGCAGCGGUUGACUCUCCUCCAUCAGCAGGCCAAAGAGGACUGUUACGAAUUCCCUGUCUUCCUGGACGAGCUGCAGGACCCUGCGGCGCUCCUCUUUCAGCCCACCUUGGAGGAGAUUGAGGAGUUCCUUGAGGAGAACAUGGUGGUGGCAAUGGAGAAAGAAGAGGAGGGGAGCGAUGAGGCGAUGUCACCAAUGCCCGAGGAUGCAGAGGCGGAAAGUAUGAGGACAUUAGCAGGAGAACUGGUAUCACAGAACUCAGAUCAGACUGUGCCCGUGGCUCAUUCUCCACUCUCCUCCAACACAGAGACCAAACAUACACCAUGUGCAUUUGCCAUAGACAGCUCACAAUCAGCAGUGGGUAUUACUAGUUCUAGUUCUACUAGUAGCGUUAAUGCAAUCAAACAGGAGGAUUGUGGUUCACCAGCAGCCUCAUUAGAAGGUACCAGUGCCUCCAGUGUGCCUGUAAUCCUACAAAUCCAGCCCAUACAAAUCAAACAGGAGCCAAACCUUAGUGCCAUAUCGGAUUCUGUCACCCAGCAAACCCAACCACCAGCAACCCAAUCCCAGCCAACCCAGGCCCCGUCGGACAUCAAAAUCGCCCAACUCCUGGUCAAUAUCCAGGGGCAGACCUUUGCCUUGGUGCCUCAGCUGCUUUCCCCAACAAACCUUACUGGGUCAAGCAAAAACGGAAGCAUUGUUUCGCCCAAAUUUGUGCGGAUCGCACCAGUUCCCAUUGCUGCAAAGCCCAUUGGGCUUGGGGAAGGCGAGUUAGGUGGAGGCUCAACUACAGGGGUCCUCGUUGGAGGUCAGAGGUACCAGAAGAGUGCAGUAGCAGACCUCAUUAAAAUGCACAAGUGCUCUUUUCCUGGCUGUAAUAAGAUGUACACCAAGAGCAGCCACCUAAAAGCCCAUCUGAGGAGGCACACGGGGGAGAAGCCCUUCGCCUGCACGUGGCCCGGCUGUGGAUGGAGAUUUUCCCGGUCCGACGAGCUGUCCCGACACCGCCGCUCCCACUCAGGAGUGAAGCCAUACCAGUGCAUCGUCUGCGAAAAGAAGUUUGCUCGCAGCGAUCACCUGUCCAAACACCUCAAAGUCCACCGCUUUCCCCGAAGCAGCAGGACAGGACGCUCUGCAAACUGACUCUUCUGACCCUACUCUGACAGACUGACGCUAAGCGGAGAGGAAAGGGAAAGGGGGGGGGGGGGGGGGG